CUAGUUGGCAACGUCGGCAAGAGUGUCACCACAAGUGAUCGCUUUGUUAUCUCUCGCGUAACUCAAUUGUUGAAGAAGUGUUUGUAUGAGAAUAUAAAGAAAAUGAAGAGCGGAAACCAAAUUUUGGCGGAAGCCCUGAAGGAACAGGGACUGACUUACGUUUUUGGCAUCAUGGGUCAUCCUGUGAUCGAGCUGUCUUUGAGCAUGCAAGCCGUCGGCUUGCAAUAUCUAGGUUUCAGAAACGAACAGGCCGCCUGUUACGCCGCUCAAGCCUACGGAUAUUUAACAAGAAAACCCGCAGUGGUAUUAUGCGUCUCCGGACCGGGAUUGUUGCACGUUAUCGGCGGUAUGGCGAACGCGCAAGUAAAUUGUUGGCCUGUGCUCGUGCUAGGUGGAUCUUGUCCCGAAGAUCACGAAGGAAUAGGCGGGUUUCAGGAAUGGCCUCAGGUAGAAGCUAGCAGGCCUUACUGUAAAUAUGCAGCAAGACCACCGUCGGCAGUGCUCAUCCCGACGCAUGUAGAAAAGGCCGUACGAUUGUCCACUUACGGCAGGCCAGGUGCCGCAUAUCUCGAUCUACCUGCUACGUUACUAACCCAAAAUGUGGACGAGAGCAAAAUAAUCACGGUCUCGCCCUGUCCGCCGCCGCCGCUGACGUAUCCUAAUCAGGAUUUGAUUGAGCGCGCAGCUUACUUAUUGAUGAGGGCAAAGAAACCUUUAGUGAUAAUCGGCAAAGGAGCUGCUUAUGGGCUUGCGGAAGGACCAGCGCAAAAACUCAUCUAUUCAACGGAUCUUCCGUUUUUACCCACGCCCAUGGGAAAAGGCGUUGUACCGGAUGUGGACGAACGUUGUGUUUCCAGCGCGCGUACGUACGCUUUGCAAAACGCCGAUGUGAUCUUGCUGCUAGGCGCGAGAUUGAACUGGAUGUUGCACUUCGGACGGCCACCCAGAUUCCAAAGAGACGUUAAAGUCAUACAAAUUGAUUUGUGCGCCGAGGAAUUGCACAAUUCCGUGCCGGCCGCCGUCGCCAUACAGUCCGACAUUGCGCCCGCGACGGAUUACCUGGCGAACGCGUUGAAAGAUCAUAAAUGGCGCGCCGAUCGAAACGAUCUGUGGUGGAAAAGUCUCACAGAGAAAGCCGAGAAGAAUAAGCAAUCAGUUUACCGUAUGUCAAUGGAUACUAGCGUGCCUCUGAAUUACUACGCCGUUUUCAAGCACAUUCAAGAUAUCAUACCAAAGGAUAGUAUUAUUUGUUCCGAGGGAGCAAAUACAAUGGAUAUCGGACGAACGAUGCUUCUGAACAAUCUACCUCGACACAGACUCGACGCCGGUACAUUCGGCACCAUGGGCGUGGGGCUCGGUUUUGGAAUCGCGGCUGCUCUUUACUGCAAAGAUAAAGCGCCGAAAAAGCGAGUGAUCUGCGUGGAAGGAGACAGCGCUUUCGGAUUCUCCGGCAUGGAAAUAGAGACGAUGUUUCGAUACAAAUUGCCUGUGAUUAUUAUAAUCGUAAAUAAUAACGGCAUAUACGGCGGUUUCGAUAAUGAAACCUUCAGACAGCUACAAGCAUCUGGAGAAGCGACACAAGUAACACCUCCAUAUUCUCUGACGUGUGAGACUCAUUAUGAAAAGUUAAUGGAAAUGUUUGGCAAGACGGGACACUUUUGCACUACUGUAGAGGAUAUUCAAAAGGCAUUAAAGUCAUCUCUAAAGGUGAUGGAUGGCCCUAGUUUAAUAAACAUUAUGAUCAAUCCACAAGCAGAUCGUAAGAAACAACAAUUCAGUUGGCUAACAGAAUCGAAGUUAUAGAUAUGACAAUCAAACUUAUCAGCAAAAGUGUCAUAUCAUGCCAAUAACUUCGUUGUUUGAUCUUAUUCUUGCUGAAACAACUUAAAACCAAAGGCUAACAAGAUUUACAAUCAUUUAUCAAUUAAUGUAAAAUGCUAUUUUAUAGGUAUACAUUUAUACAAAAAGGGAUAUACAUAUGUAUAUAUAUAUAUACACAUGUAAGAAAAAGAAUUAGGAAUGUGUAUGAUUCUUAAUAGAUAAUAAAAUUGAAAUGUAUAUAUAUGUAUAUAUCAAUAUGUACAAAUAAUUGGAUAAUACAUGUACAAU